AGGUGCCUCUUUGCCCAGUUAGCAGGGAGGUUAUGCCCUCUCCUGAUGAUGUUGACAUGGAAAAAUAGAUUUGGGUGUCAUCAGCAUACUGAUAACACCCCUGAUGAACUCUCCCAGCGGUUUCAUGUAGAUGGUAAACAACAUCAGACACAAUACAGAGCCCUGAGGGACACCACACGAAAGUUCAGAUUCCGAAGAACAACAGUCCCUGAGGGACACCAUCUGGUUAGUCCUUAAGGUGCCACCACCGAGACUGUGGUUCUCCCUCGCUGUUGGCAGCUGGUUGGGGCCAUCCGAAACCAAUUGUAGCAAACAAAAAUCUCAGCUACGACCCAUUGGGUAGUCUCCGCGGUGCCACAAGACGCCCUGUUGCUUCAGCUGCCUCCUAGAGAGUUUCCCGAGGGCCUUCUGCCAAAGGUGCCCGCCAGCAAGGCGUCCCGCCUUAAAUGGCUGUGCCUUCAGCCAAGGCAGGAGGACACUUUCUGCUCCGAGGCAGGGCUGCGCGCGCCGGCGGCCAGACUCGCCCGCGCUCCAGGCUGCUGCGAUCGCAAUCUUCCUUCCCGGUCGCAGUUCCUGGUGGCGCUUUGCUGUCUUCUCGGCUCUGCUGGAUGGAUCUCCCCAUUGCCUCGCCCCCACGUCUUCCUCCCUAGGGCCGGAGCCGAGCAAGGCAAAAGAGACGCUUACAAACGGAGGGGAAAUGCUGUAGAUGGAACAUAUAUGAAGAAAGACUUUGGACUCAGUUUUACACAUGCAACUUUGUGAUCCAAGACACCAAAUUCUCUCUUCGUUGUUUUUGUUAUUUGAGCCCAUGCAGCCCAAAACACCUGAAAUCAUUGUGUGUUGCGUUUAGCCCUAUGGCAGCACAACUCCAUAUGUGCUGUGAUGUCAAUAACUCUACCAUUAAUCCCAAUGCCUGAUGUCACCAUAGCCAUUCAAAUAUUUUUCUUGUACUAGAAACAUAGUUGGACUUUUUGGAAAGCCAGUAGAAUUGCCACCAUCAGGAGAACUGAGGUAUCUGUCCUCCAGGAAAAUGGCUGCAGAAGCACUCUAUAAUGCCGUACAAAAUGGCUCAAUUGAGGACAUCCAGAAACUGUUGGAAGACGGUGUAGAUAUCAAUUCUAAAGUGAAUAAUCAUGGCUUCACAGCUCUCCAUUGUGCGGUUUGUGACAACAAGGAGGAGAUUGUCUCCUUUCUUCUUGAAAAGGGGGCUGAUCCGCGUGCUAGAAAGGAUAAUGGCGCUACUCCUUUUAUCACAGCAGGGAUAACAGGCAAUGUGAGGCUUCUGGAGCUCUUGCUUGACUCCAGAGAAAGAAUCAAUGAGUAUGACUUCAAUGGCUUCACAGCAUUGAUGGAGGCUGCUUGGUAUGGGAAAGAGGAAGCCCUGAAAUUCCUGUAUGGCUGUGGGGCAGAUGUCAAUUUUGCCAGAGUAGUGGAUAAGGAGAAAAGGGCCCUGAAUAGAGGCGGCAGAACAGCCCUGAUGGAUGCUGCAGAGAAUGGCCACGUUGCUGUCGUCAAAGCCCUGGUAGAAGAAAUGGAAGCUGAUGUGAACAUCUGUGACAAUAAGGAUAGGAAUGCAUUAGUCCAUGCUCUGUCCAUGACUAAGAAUAAGAACUGGGACCAGGACAAAGAGGCCAUCGCCCUUUUCCUCUUACAGCAUGGGGCUGAUGUGAACAAGAAAGAUGCAUCUGAAAGAACUACCCUGAUUUUGGCAGUUGAAAACCAGAGCCAAAAGCUGGUGAGGGCUCUGUUGGAAAAAGAGCAAGUUGACAUCAAUGCUGCCGACAAAAAUGGAAGAACAGCACUAAUGGUCGCCACUGAGAAGAAAAACUGGGACAUAGCAAAGACAUUGUGUGAAAAGGGGGCGAGGACAGACAUUGGGUACCCCAUUGGAAUUGCACGUAGAACUUAUAAUCUUGAGAUGGUGAAUCUGCUUCAGCAAUAUGGUGCCAUGGCUAGUUCAAGUCAGCCCCGGAAACACUGGACCCCAAUCAGCAAACACUGGGGACCCAAGCUCCAGGAGCUCUAUGGGAAAAGCUGCGUUGCUAUUGGAAAACUCAGGAUCUACAAAGCAAAUUUUGAUUUCAGGAUCCUGGAAACCUCUCAGGGUGGUGUCUACCUGGGAUUUUAUGAUGAAAAAGAAGUGGCCGUGAAGAUAUUCAAGAGUGAAUCAGAAAAUGCCAAGUGUGAGAAAACCUGCCUUGAAAAAUGCCGUACUACCAGCAAAUAUCUGGUAAAAUUCUAUGGGUCGGAAGAAGAAAAUGCCUGUCUCUACAUUUGCCUCUCCUUGUGUGAGAAGAAUCUUGAGGAGUACUUGAAGACAUCAAAUCAUGCAACUCUGAAGAGUGAAGAUAUUCUUCGAACAGUCUUUCAGGCAGUGCAAGAGCUGCAUAUGUUUGGAUUUGGCCACCAAGAUCUGCACCCACGUAACAUUUUGAUAGAUGUUGAUGACAGAGUUUUCCUGGCAGACUUUGAUAAGUGCAGAAAACUAACUGAUGAUGAAAAAGAUCUUAUAAUCAAAGAAGACCUGAAGGCUCUCAGCAAGCUGGUUGUAUACAUUGCAAUGAGGGGCAAGGCUUGCUUUGAAGACUUGCCUACAGACUGUCCAGAUUCUGUGGAAGUGAAAGAUCUCAGAGAAAGCUUGAGCUCUUUUAAUGAAAAUACCCUAGUCCAUGAACUACUGGAACGCUUGAUAUACCACCCUUAUUUUUGGACCAAGCAGAUGAAGUACAGGUUCUUAAGAGAUGUUGGGAAUGAAGCCAGGAUACAGAAGAAUGACAGCCGGAGGACAGAAGGACAGAAGGAAAUUCUAAACAUGCUGAACUGUGAGGAGGAUCCUUUCAAAGAUUGGAAAGAAAAGAUUCACGAAGACGUUCUGGAUGAUAUGAUUAAUCAAGGGGACAAGAAGAAGAAGAAGAAGAACCAAUGCAAGAUACUCUAUGAAAACUGUGUGACAGAUUUAUUGAAACUAAUCAGGAAUGUGGGUGAACACUUUGAGGAGAAGAGCCCACAGAUACGAGACAUAAUUAAGGAGCCUAGAGAGUAUUUUCUGACGCUUUUUCCAAAUUUACCAAUUUACAUCUACCAGAAAUUGCGCAACACACAGUAUGAGAAACAUUUUCCAAAUGCUCAGAGCACUUCUCUGUUGUAACAGGGAUCAAUAGGAGAAAUCCCACAGCUGACGAUGCUGUCCCUUUAGUUCGUUUCUAUUCUAUUAAGAUACCAGAUGAAUAAAAUAAUAAAGUUUCAGGACACUCUGUGUGAAGAGAGAAUAGGAGAACAUGCAUUUGGCAGAAAGGACCUUUUAUUGUCUAUACUGUAGCUAUUGUGGCUCUUCACAUUUUUUGGUGUGCAGACAUUGCUUGCUUGAAGCGGCGGCUUUCUCUCAUCUAUUAUUAACCAUUCACCAUGACAUGACUGGGAAUGUAAUCUCUGAAUUUUAUGCUCUGGCUGUGGAGAGUGAAAAUAAAUACUUUUCGUUAUA